AUGGAGUUCCCAGAACACAGCCAGCAGCUGCUGCAGAGCCUCCGAGAGCAGCGGUCCCAGGGUUUCCUUUGUGACUGCACCGUGAUGGUGGGUAGUACCCAGUUCUUGGCCCAUCGGGCUGUGCUGGCCUCCUGCAGCCCGUUUUUCCAGCUUUUCUACAAAGAGCGGGAACUGGACAAGAGGGAUCUGGUGUGUAUCCACAACGAGAUUGUCACAGCCCCGGCCUUUGGACUGCUUCUGGACUUUAUGUAUGCUGGCCAGCUGGUCCUCAGGGGGGAUACCCCUGUGGAGGAUGUGCUGGCGGCCGCCAGCUACUUGCACAUGAAUGAUAUUGUCAAGGUGUGUAAGCGGCGGCUGCAAGCCCGGGCCCUGGCAGAGGCGGACAGUACCAAGAAGGAAGAAGAAACCAACUCACAACCCCCUAAUUUGGAGUUUUUGUCCAGCACUUCCCGUGGUUCCCAGCCUUCGCUGGCAUCAGCAGAGACAUCAGGGCACUGGGGCAAAGGAGAAUGGAAAGGCUCUGCAGCUCCCUCACCCGUCUGUCCUCCAGAUGAGCCACCGAUGCCAGCUGGGGCUGACACUACACAGCCUGGUGUGGAGGUUGAGACAUCGCAUCUGCGGGCACCUCCUCUACCGGUGGCUGAUGUCUCUCUUGCCAGCCCCAGCAGCUCCACAGAGACCAGCCCUGCAAACUACUUCUCUGCGGGCCUCGCAACUGUUUCAGUGGAGCCACUGGCUCCCCUUGCUGUGGGUUCUGAGAGCCUGAGGGCGGCAGAACCAAGGGCAACUGGAGGACCGUUGCAAGGCUUCUAUCCCCCACCUUCAGCUGCAGUCCCAGUUCCAUCUGAGGCUCCAGCCCCCGCGGAAGCUGAGCUGGUACAGGUGAAAGUAGAAGCAAUUGUGAUUUCUGAUGAGGAGCCUGACGUGUCAGAGGAACAGCCUCGAGGUCCUGAGGGACUUUUCCCUCCUGGAGUAGCCAUGUAUGGUGGACAGCCCCCCCAGCCAGAGGCCUUUGAGGAGCCACGGGCAGCAGGACUGGAGGAGGUGGGGCCCAGUGACCACUUCCUGCCGCCAGAUCCUCACCUACCCUACCAUUUGCUGCCAGGUCCAGGGCAGUAUCACCGAGGGCUGGUGACCUCGCCCCUGCCUGCUCCAUCCGCCAUGCAUGAGCCGCUCUACCUGCCUUCUGAGUAUGAAGCAGCCCCAGGAAGCUUUGGGGGUUUUACUGAGGAUGUUCCGACUUGCAAGACAUGUGGGAAGACCUUCUCAUGCUCUUACACACUGCGUCGUCACGCCACAGUGCACACACGGGAGCGACCCUACGAGUGCCGCUACUGCCUGCGCAGCUACACGCAGUCGGGGGACCUGUACCGCCACAUCCGCAAGGCUCACAAUGAGGACCUGGCCAAACGCAGCAAACCGGAUCCCGAGGCUGGCCCCGUCCUGGGAGCGCAGCCCCUCCCUGGCUCCCCGACCGCAGACAGACAGAACAGCAGUGCUGGAGGGCCACCCAAAGAUUUUGUACUUGGCUCCAAAAACUAA